AUACUUACGAAAUAGCUUGGUACGCGAUUCGUAACAAACUGUGAUGUGUCAUCGUAAUUGAAUGUUUGGAACCAGCCAUCGGUCUCCGUGUAAUAUUGUAGACAAUUGUUUGGUGCUAACGAAUCUUGUAACUAAAAUAUAUCAAAAUGGGUUCGGAACAAUCACAACAAGCAAAUGCUGCGGCUGCCCAAGGAAGAGUGAAUAAUCAAAGUCGAUUGCAGCGUGGUCAUACGAUAGCAGUGAGUGGACGUCGAUUGUCGUCACCAAAUGAUGACUUCACUGCGGGUCAAGCACCGCCAGACUCGCGACCAGUUUCGCCACCAAUCAGCGUUUGCUCCGACUCCGACUUACCAUACGUUUCGUACACAGAUAAGCUUGGCGACUCACCGAAACGGCAGAACAAAGGGAAUAGCAGUAACAAUAAGAAUAUACGAAAUGUAGGCACAACAAAGCGAACGAUUUUAUCAAAAUCCAAAGCAAAAUCCAUGGCUCAUGACAUCGUUGUCGUACGUGAAGCGAAUAGAAAAAACGAAAUCGAUCCAGACAUUCAACGGCUACAGAGCAUUCCGCAAUUUUUGCCGGUCAUGCGAGGAACUGUUUCGUUGCCAGCCAAUCGAGAUCCGGAAGUAUUGGAGCGACUACAUCCAGAACAUUUCAAGAAUAUGUGUAAUCGAAUGGAGGCUCAUUUGAAUGCGUCUGCCACACAAGUGGGCAAUGAUCAAGCACAUAUCACAGCAAAAAUGAAAGAGGUGGAUUACGAAGCGACCAAAGUGUUCAAUUCAUUCACGGAAAAACAAAAACUCUACUCAACAUAUGCCGAACAAUUCUCAAAAUUGCACCAUGUGACACAGCAACUGAGCCGAUGUAAUGUGCUACUUAAUCAGAAUAUCGAGAGCAUGGAAAUAUUGAACAAUAUGCUUGAUAUUGAUGAUCGAUUGCCACCGUUUCUAUGGAAAACAACUGACGAUUAAACAAAACACACGACACUUCUGUUCAACAAAACGAAGCCGAAUCUCUAGUCAUCCAAAAUAUUUACUUGCUUUUUGUGAUAUAUAAGAACAUGAAAAUUGUUUUGAUUUGAUCGCCAAUCACACAGGCGAAGAAUAAGCGAAGAAGAAUGUCGUUAUAAUUGUUUACAAGUCUCAUUGUGAAAGUGACGUCAACAAUGACUUCAUUCAAGUUUUGAAGUGGCAAAACACAAAAUUGUUGUUAUAAGACAAUCGAAGAAAUAUUUAACCUUUCUUUUUUGUCGAUGCACAAAUCUCUCGCGCUUAAAUAAAUAAAGACAAAAUAACUUAGGAAUACAUCCCAUAUGAACUGCUGUGAGCAUAUCCAUUUUCCUUUCUUUCAAAUUAAUGUAAUGCCAUAUUCAUUCAACUUUCAAAAUCGAUCUUGUCCAUUUCUGCCAGCUAACAGAUCAUGUACUAAGAAUUAUUAUUGCUGCUGAAUAUUUAAUUGUAAAUGAAUAACAUUUGGUUUCAAUGAGGAAGAGCGAGAGAAAUGAGUGAGUGUGUAUGCGUGCGAGCGCUCAUAUUUAUAUGAUAAGGUCAAUUCGUAAUGCCAAUCAAUCAUAAUCCACAAUCAUAUAAAUCAAAGGCUUAUUAAAAUCGCUUGCUCGCGAAAAAAUUACUUGCUGGUUUGUGUGUGUGUGUGUUUUUUUCUCGUCAUAUAUUGUAAAGAGAAUUUAAUACUGUUUUUGUCUUUUUUGUUGUUCGUUUUGUCAGUUUCAUUCACACAUUCUACACUUUCGAAAUGUUAAUGCGCAUUUAUAUAUCGCACAUUUAUGAAGAUCAUAAUUUAUUCUGUAGGUGAAUAAAAAUAAAAGCACAAAAUAUGUCAGCGCACUUGAUAUAUGUACGCACGAAGGUAAGAAUGAUGCAAAUACACCGUGAUGAAAAUGACUUUGUUCGUGAAUUUUGAAUAAUAUGCAAUGUGAUUAAAUGAUAUGUGAUAAAAA